AUGGUUAGGUUCUUUAUCUUUAUAGAUUAAAAUUAAAUAUUCAUAUUCCAUAAAUAGUCAAUGCCCAAUGGCCAAUAGGCAGAAACAUGGUCUUAGAAGCUGAUGUCAAGAUGGAAGGUUACCAAAGAUAUAUUCUUAAAUYAUGCUUAAUUAAAUAAAAGAUCUAUUAAAUAAAACUUCUGAUUUAUUUAGUAUAUUUUACUGUUUUGUCGUGGGCCGAAUAUAGCAGAAAAUUGACUUGGCAUAUCAUAAUCGUUGACAGUAAUGUGGCAGUAACUUGGUAUUUGGUAGUCAGCAUGAUAAAGAAUAAUUAUUUAUCAUAGUAAUCAGUUGUUGUAAUUCAGUAAUCAGUAUCUCACCAAUAAGUACAGGUGUUUGAUACUUUGAUCUCACACUCACUAUUUCAGGUUCAGACUUCAGACGUUCCACGUUCAGACUUCAGUCUUCACUCUUCAAUCUACAGUCGAGCGACGAGCAUUUGAACGUUAACAUUACUGGUUCUUCGACUUCUAGACUUUUAUUGAACAGAGUAAAUUAAUAUAUUAUACAUAAUACUCUAUUCUACUGUAAUAGUCUGUACUGUUUUAAUUAUUAACGUCCAUAAUUUAUUAGAUAGAUCAAUAGUUUUUAACGUAUCUUAUGCAAUUAAAAAAAAUAUAAUAUUUUAUUUUAUUUUUUUAUUUGAUACAUAAUUAUCGGUUAUUAAACUUAGAACAAAAUGGUCAGUGAAGUAUUAGAUACUUGUCAAAAAGUAAUUAGUCAAUCUAAAGAUGUGAAAAUUAUUUCAUCAAAUAUUCCAAAAUUGGCACUAAAGAUUUAUACAUUAAUAAAAGAAGAAAAGUUGACUCUUGAUGAGUUUAAAAAAUGUCCAUUACAUCCAAAAAAUGAAGACGAAGAAGCAAUAAAUUGGAUAUUUAUUGUUGAUUCUUUAAACUAUUGUUUUUUUGAUCCAAAUAAUAAAUCGCAUUGGAGUGUUACUUGGAAAAAUGAAAAACACACAGGCUAUUUUGGAUUGUGUGCUGCAAUCAAUAGAGCUAUAGAAAAAGGAAUAAAAAUGACUGAUAUGAAAACUUGUUUGGAAUUAACAAGAAAACAAUUGGAUGAAAUACUUUUAGGAGAUGAUGGGACAACUCUUCCUCUAUUACAAGAAAGGUAUUUGUGUUUACAACAAUCUGCAGAUGUUUUACUAAAAAAAUAUGAUGGAAACUUUGUAAACUGCAUAUUAGAAGCGARUCAUUCUGCUCAAAAUUUAUUAAACAUAAUUUCUAAUAAUUUUUGUCAUUUCCGAGAUGAAUCCAUUUAUAACAAUCAAAAAGUUGCUAUUUAUAAAAGAGCUCAAAUUUUGAUUGCUGACAUAUGGUCAUCAUUCAGAGGUACUGGUUAUGGUGAAUUUCGAGACAUAGAUACUUUAACCAUGUUUGCAGAUUAUAGAGUCCCUCAAGUUCUAUUAUACUUUGGUAUUUUGGAAUAUUCAGACAAAUUAAAAGAUACUCUAAAACAAGGUAUUCUUCUUAAACAUGGAGCACCAGAAGAAGUGGAAAUUAGAGCAGCUUCUAUUGUAGCAGUUGAUUAUGUUGUAAAUGAAGUGAAAAAAUUGAUGGCAAAAUAUAAUACACAUAAGAUUUGCAAUUCUAUUAUGGUUGAUACUUAUCUAUGGGGUUAUCGGAGAGAAAAUGCUGCAAUUUUGGAAGACACGCCAUAUCAUAAGACAUUAAAUAUAUAUUAUUAGAACUAUUUCUUGAUCAAAUACUAUAUGAAAAUUGUACAUUUUUAUUUUUAAAAAGAAUAUAACAAGUAUUUGGGUUUUCGAUGUA